AUGAACUUCGACUUCAUCCGAUUCAAACGCCUCGAACUCAUCCAAUCUCCCCGCAACUGCCAAACGCCAGGCUCCUUCAAACCCCCAUCUAAAUCAGCAACCAUGCGUGGCACCUUCUUCACCGUCUUCGCCCUCGUGGCCGCCGUUGCCGCACAAGCACCAUACACCGGAUCUUGCUCUGAUACCGCCUGUGGCGUCGAGAGCGAGAACUGCGAUGCCCAAGGCCGCCAGUGCUUCCCGUUCCCCAACAUUGCUCCAGCGCUCCGUGAGGGCUGCGUCUGCGGUUCUGGUUAA